AUGAAUUUUCCACGACACACAUGCGUUAACGUAGCCUGUUUGAUCGUGCUGGUAGCUGUUGGGAGUUUCCCAACAGUCACGGCGAAACGUUACUGCGGCGAACAGCUAACAAGAGCGUUGUCGAUGUUAUGUGUGGAAUACUACACGCUGGAUGAUCUCAGAAGGAAUACAGUUUCACUAUACCCGCAGAUGUCUACGAGCCAAUUUGCAUCCCUGCCCGACUGGUCCGGGGAGAACUUCAAUGAGAACGAAUUUAAAAGAAACUUUAACGUGGUCCCAGAAGACAACAACGCGUUGGGAGGGGUCGAUGACGAGCUGACAGGACAAUGGUUUAAGACGAAGCCAUACCAUCGGUUCAUCGUACCGCACAUUGCGACACGGGUCCGGCGGAAUGUAGCGAACGAAUGCUGCCGGGAGGAGUGUACCAUGAACCAACUAAUGUCCUACUGUAAGGUGGUAGCGCCGGGAAUACCGACCGAUUAG